GGACUGGUGUGCUCUCUUGGGGCCACGUAUGGGCUUGUUGGUGUAUCUCGACCUUUUGGAAGUCUCGGAGAAGCAGGCGCUGAAAUAUGAACUCGUCCAAAAGAUCAAGUCUAUAAAUUGGUUUCUGGUUUGGAUGCUGACAUCAUUUGUUUUAUUUUUCAUUGCCAUGGCGUAUUAUUUCGCUGGAUUGCCUGAAAAGGAGAAGGAAAGACGAUGGGCGAUUUGGGUGGCCGCGGCCUGUGUCGUGAGUUUCCUCGGUUCUAUGGUUUGUACCUAGGGAGCAUUUGACCAGACGAUUGGUCUUUUUGGUGGAAUGUAAAAGGGGAAAGAUGGGCCAUGGUGGCCCGUGGGUUUAGUGGUAUCUAG